AUUUUAGCAUUAAUCUUGGCAGGUUUGGGUCAUGGCUAUAUAUUUGCACUGUAUGCCUGCAUUAGCUACAAUAUUGUUCUGGCCUGGGCUCUUUUCUACCUCAUCGCAUCUUUCAGCUCCCUGUUACCAUGGAUCGGUUGUGGUAAUCUCUGGAACACAGUGAACUGUGUAGAGCUCGUGUCAAACCAGAGCAAUAUGGCUAUCAACAGGACUCAAAGAAAUUUGAGUAUUUCUGCUGUCAUCGAAUUUUGGGAGUAUGUUCAUGGGAAUACCAUUUUAAAGAUAAUUAUAUUUCCAUCUAUUUCACUAACUGUUCCUCUGCUGAUCUCCAGGGGGCGAGUGCUGAAUAUCUCUCCAGGUAUUGAGACACUGGGUAAAUUGAACUGGGAGCUUUUUUUCUGUUUACUUGCUACUUGGGUGGCCUGUUACUUCUGCACCUGGAAAGGGGUCAAGUCAACUGGAAAGGCAGUGUAUUUUACAGCCAUCUUUCCAUAUGUUAUGCUGUUAGUGCUGCUGUUAAGAGGUCUAACUUUACCUGGUGCGCUGCAGGGUAUCAAGUAUUACCUGUAUCCUCAACCCUCACGCCUCACAGACCCACAGGUUUGGAUUGACGCCGCAACACAGAUUUUCUUCUCAUACAGUUUGGCAUCAGGUGUCCAAAUUGUACUUGGAAGUUACAGUCAUUACAAAAACAAUAGCUAUAGGGACAGCAUUUGGCUGUGUGUGGUUAAUAGUGGUACUAGUUUUGUUGCUGGAUUUGUGGUCUUUUCUGUCCUUGGCUUCAUGGCAGAGAAGCUGGGUGCUGAUUUUGAAGAUGUAGCACUGCCAGGUCCAGGUCUGGCGUUUAUAACUUACCCUCAAGCAGUGGCCAUGAUGCCUCUGCCACAACUGUGGUCAGCGUGCUUCUUUAUUAUGUUUAUUUUAUUGAUCCUGGAUACACAGUUUGUUGGAAUUGAGCUGUUCGUGUCAUCAAUCAUUGACAUAUUCCCCAAUGUGCUGCGAAGGCCCUACAAGAGGGAGCUCUUCCUGUUAUUCUUCUGCACUGCCUGCUUCUGCUUUCAGAUUCUUUUAACAACUCAGGGAGGAGUCUACAUCUUCCAGCUAAUUGAUUAUUAUGGGUUUAAUAGUGCUUGUUACUUCCUCAUGUGUCUGAUUGAAACUCUAGUAAUUGGAUGGAGUUUUGGAGCUGAUCGCAUGUCUGACAUCAUUGAGGACAUGUGUGAUAAGCGACCCAGUGCAUUCUUUAAAUACUGCUGGUGUUAUUUCACCCCAUUGAUGUGUCUUGGAUCUUUCAUUUUUUACCUGGCAAGAUAUACGCCCCUCAUGUAUAACAAUGUUUACAUAUAUCCAGACUGGGCUUAUAUUCUUGGAUGGCUCAUGAGCUCAUUUCCCCCAGUGCUGGUCAUAACAUGGGGUGUGGUGAAGCUAGUUACUCACUCAGGGACACUAAAACAGAGUUUUAAAAGUCUAUGUACUCCAGAUGACAAACUUCCUUUGACACGAAAGCAAAGAGCACAGCUGCAGAGGAAUGAGACUCUAAUGACAGGAAUUUGAUGACCACAUAUUGACCCAAAAAAACCUUACAAUUAUUCAUAUAAAAAUAUUAUUCAUAUCUGUAAUAUUAUCAUAAUGUUAUGAAUAUUAUUCAUAUUUGUAAUAUCAUAAUGUUAUGAAUAUUAUUCAUAUUUGUAAUAUUAUUAUAAUAUAUAAUACACUAAGUCAAACAUUCAUUUACCAUUUAUCUACCUUUUCCUUACACUCCUUAGAAAUCUUAGUUUGUAGACCUUCAUUGAAGAUCAAUCCAUGAUGCAUUACUAUUGACUGUAGUCCAUGUGUUGCUACACACAAUUUGUCAGUUCCCUUCUACCCUCUCCAUCAAUAGAAUGGAAGGUACACCAAUAUUAACUGGCAAAUAAAUGAUUGUACCUGCUCAAAUACAUAACCCUAUGUCUUUAUAUUUCUCUGUCUACAUUGGUGUAACGCAACUGUCUUAGGUGGGAAUCAAACCCAGAGCUCUCAAGUACAAAGUCACUGAGUUUACUGGUAGAGCAGAGGCAGAGAUAAUCCACAAUAAAGUCUUUACUGACAAAAAGAGCAACAAUAAAGGGGAAAAGUAUAAAAUAUGUAUACAAAAAAAAAAAAAGAGAGACACAGGGGACCAAUAACCAUGAACUACACAGCCUUCACUUGCCACACACAACAAUUAACAUUGGCUCAAGACUAAGCAAUGAAGCUUAGUCCAAGACUGUUUAAGUAGAGGAAAACCCAGGUGUAACAAAUCAGGGCUAAUGACUAGCAGAGUUCAACAUGAUUCUGGAGAGAGGCGCCCCCUACCAACCAGGAGGGGCAUCGCAGUCCAGUGUCGCAGUCCAGUGAGGAGUUCUUACAGAAGUCUCCCCUCUAGGAAUGGCUCCUGAUGUUCCCUUGAUGGAGUCUUUGGGUGUGGUGAAAGGCUGUAAUGAGUGUCAGGUCCAGAAUGUCUCGAGCAGGCACCCAUGAGCACACCUCUGGGCUGUAACCCUCCCAGUCGACCAGAUACUGCAUCUUCCCAUGGACAUGGCGAGAAUUCACCAGCCUGCACACCAUCGAUGAUGGGCUUGUUCCAACGUGAUGUCACGUUAAGGCAAAAAUGAAAACGGCUCAUUUUGAGACACUGUUUAUGAUUUAUUGGAAUAUAAAAAAGGAGUGGGUGGAUUUUUACCAGUGUAGGGUGGUUGUGUGCACACUCUGCCGACAUAGAUUUAUGUUCAAACACCAUUUAAAAGUGAAUUUUGCAUUAUAGGUCCCCUUUAAACAAUUACGGUAUAGCUACUGGUGUUGGGUUAUAGAUGUGUGUAUUAUUGAUAAUAUUUGUUAUUGUUUUUGAUGUGCUUGUUCUAUGCUGUUAUUUUUUUUAAAAUUUCAACUGUAUUAUGGAUCCUUUGUUUAGUUUUUCCUAUUGUAGUUAAAAGCAGCUACUGUAAAAUAAAGUAAGCCUUGGUCUCUGAAGUUCAGGGAAGUCUCUGUCGAGCAGUGCUGAAAGAAUAGUUUGGGUGUUUGAAUGAUGGUGAAUGACUCAUGAUAGAAGUUGUACUAAACUUACUGUGUCACUGUGUGGUCACUGGAGGAGUAUUCCAGAUACUGCCGAUGUUAUGUGUUGAUGCACCCCUGUUACUGUUGUUUGAUAAUCAUUAAUUUAUGUUUGAGGUAUUUCUGAUCAAAUACUUACAGUUAGCCAUUAUACAUAUUCUGAGGGAAAAGGCCACACAUCCAAUCAUGUGGCACUGGUAUGGAUUUCUUAAAUCAGAUGUGCUGUGUCAUGUUGUGUAUCAGGU